UUAGCAUUAGCCGCAGCUAGCCGGCUAGCCGCUCACACCAGCAGCCGCCGAUCACUGUCAAGAUGUAUCGGAGCCCACAAGUCGCAACCUGGCUUUGCCCCGUCAGAUCAUCGCUGCUGCUGAGAGAAUCCCACCUGUUAGCCUUCUCUGAGCUCACUCGCUCAGGGUGGCAGGGGUCAACACAUGUGCAAGACAGAAGAUAUGAACAAAUAAGCGGACGUAAGGAUGGAUCAUUAUUACCCACAAAGACUGUACGCUAUCCAACACAACCCCCUUUCACCUCUGACAGAGAUGAGGAUCACCUGAGAGAUUGCUCCACUGAAAACCUACAAUCCAAAGCCAUUUUGUUAAGCCAUCAUCAACACCCUCAGGUCUCUGCAAAAACCAAAAAAGUGUCUAAUCUUUUGAGUAUUUUCCGGGACUGUUUAAUCAGCAGGACUUUUCCUUGUCAGCACUCGAGAAGGCCUUGUGAUUGUAACCCGUCUUCCCUCGGUUGCAUGAAUAAGACUCGCUGUAACUUUUUACAAAUCCAUCAACGUCACGGACGGAUCUCUGCUAGCCCCUCCAGUUUGUUAACACAUAAAACAUGGCUUUUAAGCCAAUCCCAGCACAAACCAGAACCCCUCUGUCCCUCCCUUCAAACCCGAGCUCUUCAUCAGGCUGCUUGUCAUGUGGUGGACGGCUGGAGGGACUGCCUGGCUCCAGAAAAUGAAAGCAGGUGUCGACGAAGCCUGGAGGGCAACAAGAAGCUCUACGAAAUGAACAAGGUGAGAAAAGGGGCAAGUCAUCUACAGGGAAAGAACCAGGGGAUGUGGGCGUCCAUCCUGGUGUCCCUCUGCUCCAUCGAAGGCGAGCCUGCGUUUCUCUUCACCCUGCGCUCCAGCACGCUGAAGGGCAGGCACAAAGGAGAUGUCAGUUUUGCUGGAGGAAAGAGUGAUCCAGCAGACAACGACGUGGUAGCCACAGCGUUGCGGGAAGCCCGGGAGGAACUGGGGAUAAAUGUGGCAACUGAGCGGGUUUGGGGCAUCAUGAAGCCUCUCAGGGACAUGUCGGGGAUGAUGAUUGCUCCUGUGCUGGCUAACCUCGGACCACUGGAGGAGUUGGCUUUCAAACCAAACCCUGAAGAGGUGGAGGAGAUCUUCACCUUGUCUUUGUCACACCUGUGCACCCCCCAGAACCGCGGCUACACACACUUCCGCACUGGCGACAAGUAUGGAUACACGAUGCCGGUGUUUCGUAACGGGCGGCACCGCGUGUGGGGCCUGACUGCCGUCGCCCUGGACCACACCCUGAAACUCCUCGUACCCCCCCAGUAGCUCAGCCAGAGGCGUUGCUGUCUACGGUGACUGAGAGAUUGUCCUAAAGUAUGUGCUUUCUGGCUUUGUAGCAAAAUCACGUCUGGAAUCAGUGAACACAAUCUUUUUAAUUUAUUCUUUUUAUCAUUCUGUGGAGUGACCAUCAGUAAAAACACUCGCUGUGGGGCCGUUAUUUAAAUGUAUCUGGCUCAUUCUGUUUCUAAUAUUUCAACAUUUUUUUAUUAUCACAGUCACUUCUCUUCAUUCUCAUUUCUUAUUAAAUCACCGGCCGCAUCCAACCGAGUCUCAUUAAAUCAGUGCCAGACAGACGUCAGUUAAGCACGGCUACAAUGAAGAUCGUGAUUGCCUUCAUCUUAUUGCCCCUGUUUUUCACUCCAGAUCUAAUCUGGACUCUUGUAAGCACUUAAAUAACAGACGCACACCAUUAUGAUUUGGCGUGUAGAAGAACGAUGCAAUAAAGUUUAUUUUAAAGUUA